AUGAAGAGCCGCACCGCGGAGACGUACUUCAACACGCGGAAGCACAUUUUGAAGCGCGCUGCCGACGUUCAGCUGCAGGUGAGAAAGCGGCAGCAGGAGCAGAGUGAAAAGGAGGGUGAUGCGUGCUGUGACCGCAUACUCCGCGGGAACCCGCUGACGCCACACAUGGCAGACGAGAUAGACGCUUGGAACAGAAGCCUGAAGGGACUUGAGGCGCUUCAGGGAUUCGUGUUGACCGAUGAGUUAAUAUACGGAGCCAUCUCGAAGAAUAUUCGACUAGGGGCGUUUCCAUACGCGUUGGAUUGGCUGAGGAAGUGCGCGCGAGAGCGUCGAAUACCCUUUCCUACUGCCGUGCUGCAUGAUGUGCGGUUAUUUAUUGAUUUUGUGCAGUCCGUGUUGCCGUCAAGCAAUUUGAGUUUGACGAGGGCACACGAGGCUCUUCUUGGAGGGACGUUUGUGACGACUGGCCCUACAGCUUUAGCCACAACUGAGGCAAAAACUGCAGUUUCUAUUGGCUCUUCGGAUGCGGAGAGUGGAGAGGAGACACAUGCAGUCCAAUUGGUGAACUCAUCGCCGUACGUGCGGUAUCUUUUUAAAGAGCUUUACAUUCCUCUCUGGGAGUGUUUAGUGGAAUUGGGCCUUCUUCCUUUGGAGAGAAGUCAUGAGGCAGAGACAGGCUGGGAACAAUCGUUGCGGGAGGCGCGCCAUGAUGAAAUGGUGUUGGAUCUGUUUGGCCGUCUUUGCUGUUGUCCUUUCUCUGACGGUGCCUCCUUUUUGUCUUCUACUCCUUCCCAUUUGUCGUCAUCGUCUUCCUCUCGUGACACGACUUUGGAUGGCAGAGAUAAAUCCACCGCAGCGGUUUUGGAGGAAUACACAGGGCUUCUUCUUGCUCUUGUACAAUGUGCAGCGGAGGCCAAGGAGGUGAAGCUCCUUAUUGAACUGCAGUUGAUGUUCUGCAUGCUUUUUGUUGCGCCGUCAACUCCGGGCGAGUCGAAAUCGGGUUGGAAGCUCAAAAAAACUUUUUGGUGUCACAGUCAGUCCGAUGAAGAAUUACUGUGCCGUUUUUCAAAUGAGUUUAUUUCCGCUCUGUACUAUGGCAGACUGGCGUAUCAAAGCGAAAUGUCGUUGCACCGCCAUAUUUGUUCCUUAUUUAACGUUGCCCAUGACAAUGAGGAUGGGGAUGAUGCCGAUAGUAGUAAUAUUGAUAGUAACAAUAAUGAUGAGGAAAAUGAUGAUGAUGGUGAUGAUAAUGAUGAUCGUGAAGGAGGCAUGAAGUGCAAAGAGCACGAUGGGGAUGAGGAUAAAUUGCCAUCAUCUUUGUCAAAAGGCAAGCUUAGGGCCCUUGACUCUAUGGAUGUUUCAUCCUCAACGUCAUGGCCGGAGUCGAGGCGGCAGAAAACAUUGGAUGACAUACUGAGGAAUUUACUUCAGAAUGAAGCAUCCACGCUUGCAGAUGCGUCCGUGUACGCUGCUUUAGUACUGGAGGAUCCGGCGCUCAUUCCCAAAGGCGACAAUUCCACGGGAAACCAUCGCUUUUCAAAAGUCGAGGUUGAAUGGAUGCGAGUGCACCUUGAUAUUUCCCGUCGGUGCCAUCAUGGAGAAAACGUUGCAUCCGAAUUGGAGGAAUUUUUCCUUUUGGGCGGAGUGGUGGCGCAAGGCCUUGAGACCUCCAUUAGCAACAUAGAAGAUCAACAGUGCUUCCUGGCGUUGGUGAUGGAGACCAUAGUGGGUGUCGUGGCAGCGUCGACAGCGCCUGCAACAGAACGGUAUACGUUGAUGGUUCGAGUGAUGACCGAGCUUCUGAUUCGUAUGGAAGAGACCCAAAAAAAACAACAGAAGGAACAGCGUGAAGAAGCCACAUUGUUACAGUUGCCUUUGUACAGUGCGGCGAGUGCUAUGGUCCUGUUGUCCCCUUUACUGCGCACGAUCAGCAGCCCUGAGAGGGUCAACGGGGAUGCGAUGGAUUUAAAUGACGCUGCCGCACUACAAAAAGAUGCGCUGCGUCUUCUGCAAGAGAUGGUACGGAGUGUGCUGAACCAGCCAACAGGCUUUGGGAAUGCGUACAGUGUGGUGCUGAUGCUCCUUACACAGGUGGAGAUGUGGGAGGAAGUGCAGCGUCUACUGCACAAAUUAGAUGAGUCGGGCGAAGAAGGGGGAGCGGCGCAUGGGUUUAGUAGUGUUAUAUUAGACCAGCGUGUGUGGGCAUGGCUAUUUCGGAAAGCACGCGAUGCAGGUCGAGCAGAUAUUUGUUUAUUUUUACGCCAAAGGCGUGAGAAGCUCUUUUAUUAG